AUGAAGAAUACUGAAGAGUAUACUUUUGUGUUUUUUCUAUCUAUCUAUCUAUCUAUCUAUCUAUCUAUCUAUCGAUCGAUCGAUCGAUCGAUCGAUCUCAGUUUUCUGUUCAUUUCUAUCUACCAUCUAUCUACCUAUCUAUCGAUCGAUCUCAAUUUGUUCAUUUCUAUUUAUCUAUCGAUUGAUCUCAGUUUGUUCAUUUCUAUCUAUCUAUCUCUGUUCAUUUCUAUCUAUCUAUCUAUCUACCUAUCGAUCGAUCUCAGUCUGUUUAUUUCUAUCUAUCGAUCGAUCUCAGUUUGUUCAUUUAUAUCUAUCUAUCUAUCUAUCUAUCUAUCUAUCUAUCUAUCUCUGUUCAUUUUUAUCUACCUGUCUAUCUAUCUGUUGAUAGAUCGAUCGAUCGAUCUCAGUCUGUUCAUUUCUGUGUAUCUAUCUAUCUAUCUAUCUAACUAUCUAUCUCGGUAUAUUCAUUCCUAUCUAUUUAUCUAUCUGUCUAUCUAUCUAUCUAUCGAUCUUAGUCUGUAUGUCUUAGACUGCUCUCAUCUGUCUGUCUGCCUAUCUAUCUAUCUAUCUAUCUAUCUAUCUAUCUAUCUAUCUAUCUAUCUAUCUUCUAGUGUUGUUGCUUGUCUGCUUGUGUUUACACCUGCGUAA